AUGGAGCGCGCAUCGAAUCGCUUCUUCAGUCAACCCGACCUGCUAACAAUGGUGGCAAACCACCUCGCCAUCGGGCUCAAUGGCCAAAGCUUGCCUAAGAAGGACCUCGGACGACUCUGCAAGACAAGCCGCUUCUUCUACCGCGUUUGCACCCCCGUACUCUGGCGAGACGUUGACUUCUCGACCUUCGAGAGCGUCACCAAGAUGAAAAAGUUUGUCCAGCAGUGGGAACAGCUUGCCACCAAGGGCGUCCUCGUCCGGUCCCUCAAAAUCAGAAAGGCCUUUUUGGUCCUCCUCAUGAGCAACACCCACGUCACAGGAUCCUCCAGUAAUACCAAUAAUAUCAACAACAACAAAACGCCCCCAUCCACAGUCCAACCCUGCUGGGUUCCACCUGCUAGCGACCUCAACGAUCUUGAUUUCGAGUUCCCUCCUCUCACUCGACUGACAAAACUUGAGAUCAGGGCAGGAUACGACAACGAGCGAAUUGAGGAAAACAUCCAUGAGGCUGCGGGACUCGACAAGUACUCGGAUGCUCACGUCUUUUCCCAGUUAUGCUGGCUGAUCCAACUCAACCCUGGACUGAUCCACCUGACACUACAUUACAUUCACGCCGAGCGGUCCAUUGAUGUUCGAUCCCUGUCACGCGUUCUGUCGGGGCUUCAUCAUCUCAAAUACCUUUACAUCGACCAUAUCCCCGACACUGGAAGCUGGCGCGACGCGUUCGAGACCAUCUUUUUGAGCGUGCCCGAGUCGGUCGAGACUCUGCUGAUAAAACCAGGGAGUGGCUCGUCAAUCAAGGAGAGCGAGUUCAGGCUGGUGCCCAGGGUGGGAGACACCGAUGGUUUACUCGGCGCGCUCACAUUACGACAGGAUCCGCUUCUUCACCUCAAGAAACUGUCUCUCCCUGUGGAUCACUCAGACUCUUCCUCGUACCAAUGGAUGAUGGAUCACUGCCCAAACAUCGACACUGUUGAGUUCCUCUUUGUGUCGAGUAGGACCGGCUUCCUCAACACCCUUGCCCCAGCCAUUCAGGAGUUCUGUCACCAGAUUCGCCACAUUCACAUCAGACAGGAGCUCUCGUACUGUCAACCCGCAGAGUUUAUGCCUCUCAUCGAGGCGAUGACUGCGCCUAUCGAAACCCUCUACAUUGAGUGCUACAGGUCGAAUCUCGGAUACAGUGGCUACACGGCAAUCCAACGACACUCUUUGACACUGCGGGAUAUUCGACUCUACAAUUGUGAGCAAGUUGACGACGUGUUGGUGGUUGAGAUUCUAUCGCGGUGUGUUUCCUUGGAGCGGUUUGAGGUCGUCCCCAAGGAUAUCACUCUCUCGGUCAAGAUCGACACCUUGGUUUCCCAAAAGUGGGCGUGCGCAGGUCUUCGUCAUCUCGACCUCACCAUCUGUUGGGGCGAGUUUGAGGCAACCCAGCCUCAUUACCUUCAACAGACAGUGGCACUCGAGUCAGCCAAGGACAUGGACCGGUGGGGCAAGCUGGAGACACUUUAUCGCCAAAUCGGGAACCUGUUGAGCCUCGAGGUCUUGGAUAUUAAGGCCAUCACCCUUCCCAAGAAGAGUGUCGCCAGCACAUAUGUGACGUUCCCCCAACUAUUAGCUUUGCACGACGGUGCUAGGGGUCGCCGGGCGUAUCUGACCUGGUUGGGCAGAUUGAAGAAUCUGAGGCAGAUCCGAGGACCCUCAUUCCGAGUCUCAUUCCCGGAGAUUGACGCGACGUUGGGGAAGGCUGAGGCGAAGCACAUGCUGGAUGUCUGGCCCAAGUUGGAGUUGCUGGAUUUGAUGGAGCCCUAUGGUAAGAUGCCCAAGCGAGUCAAGGGACCAGGGAAUGUGCCUCUAAACUUUUUCCUGAAGGCGAAACCUGGACUCAGGUUGUCGCAGAAGGGAGGUUCAUUCGAUGCUGGUCGUAUCCCUCCUUCACCGGGGUAUAUGCUGGAGAUCUGGAGAGAUGAAGAUUAUUACAACCUUGAGGACGAGCACCUACCAACGUCACACCAGCCCAAACCGAAGAAGGUCAAGAAGCAGAGUGCGACCUACCGGGGCUGGUUCAUUCUACCUCCUGGCGGCCGACCACCCGCUAAAAAUAAGAAAAAAUAA